CCUGGUCCCGCUGGCACUGCCGGUCUCGCCGGCGCUGCCGGUCCCGGUCCGCUCCGUCCUGCCAGCACCGGUACCCAGGCUCCCCUCUCCUCUCCAGCACAAUGGCCUGCCAAGAGAGUGAGUACCUGGAUGACCAGAAGAAAUGUGUCCCCUGCAGAAAGUGCAUGCCUGGGCAGGAGCUUUCCAAGGACUGUGGUGACGGCAGCGGAGGGGACGCGCAGUGCGUGGCCUGCCCUCCCAGGAAGUUCAAGGACCGCUGGGGACACCACGGCUGCAAGCCCUGCCUGUCCUGCGCCCUCAUCAACCGCCUCCAGAAGUCCAACUGCACGGCGACGGCCGACGCGGUGUGCGGGGAGUGCCUGCCAGGGUUUUACCGGAAAGCACGGAUCAGUGGGCAGCUGGAAUGGGAGUGCAUCCCCUGCACCAAGCAGACGCCCUCCUCCGAGCCACAGUGUCGCUCCAGAACUAACCUGGUGAAGGUCGCCAUCCCCACUGUACCACCACAGGACACGGCCCUUCUUGCCCUGACCAGCAGUGCCCUGAUCAUCAUCGUCCUGGUGCUUCUGGCACUCUCCAUCAUCUACUGCAAGCGGUUUUGGAAGAGCCAGUGCCAGCGAGUCUUCCUGAGGACUCAGAACUUCUCGGGCCAGCGAGCAAUGUUCCCGACCGCAGCGGCGCCCGGCAGGUUCCUGUGUGAGGAGCAGAUGUCUGGUCCCUGCUGCCUGGGUGUGAAGAACCUGAGCCCUUGCUACAGGCAGGCAGAAGGCCCUGUGGAAGCGGUGCAGUUCAUUUCGGACGGGGAAGCUGUGGGUCUCCAGCUCCCCUCUCUCCAGCCAGAGGUGGACUUGCCGCCGGCCAUUGUGGUCAGCGCUGCCUCCAAGGCCCAGCUGGGCAGGAGCCUCCUGGAAAGCCAGCCCCUCCUCCGGGCCUCGGGCCAUGGUGACUGCCUGGCCGGGGUCCUGCCGCCCCCCGCCCAAAGGCAGGGCCAGCCAGGCACGGUGGAGGCCCUGGCCCCCCUCUCCUCCUGCGCCUCUGAGAUGCAGCACAAGUGGCCACAUGCACCAGUGGAAUGCACCGAGCUGGACCUCCAGAAGUUUUCCACCCAGGCAGAGUUUGUGGGCAGCGAGCGGCCGGACGAUGCAACGAGCCAGGCAGUGAAGAGGAUCCCGGCAGAGAGCAGUGGUGUGGUGCAGGAGGGGGCCCAUCACUUGCCCUCCACCUUCCCAAAUCCCACUGCCGAUACCCCCCCUGGGGAGCGGCCGGUGGAUGAUGCCCAGAGCCUGGUGACUCAGAUCAGCAGCGCAGCCAAGGGUCUCCUAAUAGCAGAGCUGCCACAUUCCUUGGUGCAGUCACUCGCCUUCUUGUUGGACCCUUCCUUGAACGGCGUGAAGAACUUUGGCCACGUGGCACUGGAGCUGGGGCUCGUGCCCCAGUUGCUGGGACGGAUCUCAGGGUUUGAGCAGCUCGUCGCACACUUCACGUACGCGGGAGCCGCCGUGACCGUCCCGCUGCUGGCACAGGCGCUGCAGCGGCUCCAGCGGUUCGACGCCUUGCUCCUGCUCUGUGACCACUUCACUCUCAGCCCGGUGACAGACCACCAGCACUAGAGGACGCGGAGGGAUGAGGAAAGCUCCAUGCACUGCUGGUGUGGGAGAGGAUCCAGUGGCCUUCAGUCAUGUAACUUCCCUGGUGUGCAUGGGGGCAGAGCAUGGAGAUGGUCUUUGCAUCACGGAAUGGAAGGAUGCGAGGGGUUCUGGGAAGCACAGCUGUACCUGCUCCCAGCUCCGUGUGGGAGGGCUUGCUCAGGCGCCUCCAGAGGCUGUUUUUCUCUGGCUGUGACACCCUUGGUCACUGUGCUGCCCAUGAUGCGGUGCUCUGGCUCUGCAGUGAGCCCCAUCCUGCCCCACUCUUGCCAUGGGGUCCCUCAGCCAUGGGGCUUGGUCUCCACUGGCAACACCCUCCUAUGGGCCUAGCCAUCGCCUCCCCUCCAUUCCAGCUUUUCUGUCCUUCCUUUGCUCUGUGCUGUGCUUUCCUAGGUGCCAGAUGCCACUUUCCCAGUUUGCUUUUUGGUUGUUUCUCUUCUUCCAUGCUGGGAUUUCCUCAGCAGAGGACCUGGCCAUGGCUCACGUGCUGGGCUCCAGCCUUUGCCUCUCUGUGCCACCCUGGCACCUUCCCCUUUGUGUCUGUUUGUCCUGGCAGGAGUCUCAGACUGAUCCCCAGGAUGAGCUGGUGUACAUCUUUGUCCUGGGGCUGUGGCUGCUGGCCCGGGACAGGUGCUGGCUCACUCCCGGGCUCCUGCCAUGCCCCACAGCCAUCUGCUGCCCAUCGCCUCCAAGGCUUUGCGGUGGCACAGGGCAGCAGGGGCAGGGUCGCUGCACUGCUUUGCCCUGGGGAGCGGGUGGCAGCUGGGGGCUGAAGCCAUGACUGUGGUUGCAGUCAGUGAUGACGUCCCUGUGCCAGCCACAGCAGGGCCAGCUCCUUUUAAAAUAUUUUUCUUUUUUUUUUUUCCUGCCUAUAAAUGGCCUGAUUUCUCAUUCCUGGGAGUUGCUACUGGGGAAGGGAGAGACCUUCUGCUUCUUAUUUCAUCCUGAGGGAUUUGUCAGAGUUUGCCGUGGUCCUGCUGCCACUGAGUGCCCCGGUUUCGGUUGCUGUGCCCGGGGCUGAGGACUGGAGGUGGUCAGGCUGUUCUCAGUGGGGCUCUGUCAGUGGCCCCGGACAGGCACGUUCCCGUGCGGGGCGCGGCGGCGCGGGGGCGGCGGGCACGCGGGGCUGCGGAUGCCGCUCCCGCGGGGUCACGGCUGGAGCAGCUGCCAGCGGGGCUGCGGCGGCAGCGCGGCUCGGUGCCAGGCGACACUGACACCGGGGUCCAGUGAGGGUCACCCCAGCUGUCCCGAGACUCCCGGGCAGCGCUGCCGAGGCUGAACCGGUGGUGCUCGCUCUGGCUCUGCUGCUCUGUCCCUCACUGCCGCGGUGGGUCCAGCGAGCGCUGUCUGCGGUCCCGCCCAUGGCCGGGGGCUCCGGCCGAGCCGGCGGACGGUGGUCGCCAGCAAGCGGCACUGUUACCCCGCCAGCCCCGCCUGCCGACCCGCGGGCUUUGCCUUUAUGUGACCACAGUACCUGGAAGAAGCGGGUGCCCUUCUGGGAAGACAGCCCCCUCCAGUCCCGGGUAUUAAUAGCUGCUCGUGUUUCUUUUCCCUGUUCAGUGCUGUUGGGACUCAAACGCACCCAGGAUGUGCUCAGAUAAGCAGGGGCGUGGGCAGUUUCAACUGGAUCUGACACUUUCUCUCUGCUGCUUGUUUCUUCCACAGUCAAGGUCAUUUUAUUGCUCUUUGCUCCCCAAGACCCAAAGUGUUGGACCUUGUGCCAUUUGGGGCCGGGGUUAGUUGGACUCUCGCUGCACGCUCGGGUUAUCAGGGAGCAGCCAGCAGUGUUGCUGCAACACACACAGCCUGGGGCCAGGGAU